AUGGCAACUUCCGACGAAAAACUUAUUCGGGUGCCAGUGCUUGAUGUCUUGCCGAAUGAAGUUGGAGCUUUAAAAGUAUUUUCCCAUUGGGACAGAAUGCUUACAAAUUACUUAGCAGCUGUGGAAUCCAACAGAUCCACGGAAGGUGUUUCAAGGCAAAUCAACAAAUGUGCUAUCAUGGGUGGAUAUUUAUCACCUGACGUGUUUUCCUUUGUGGAAGAUGUGGACGUGUAUGAUGAAGCUAUGGUGAUUUUGCGCAAACAUUAUCAAAGAAAGAAGAAUAUCAUAUAUGCAAGGCACACGCUGGCCACACGGAUUCAGUCGAGCAGUAAAACUAUCUCCGAAUUUUCCCAUGCGCUCAGGUCGCUUGCGAAAGAUUGUAAUUUCAAAGCAGUCAGCGCCGAGCAACACAGAGAGGAGGCGCUAAGAGAUGCGCUUAUAACAGGGCUAUGUUCCGCUAAUAUUCGACAAAGAUUGCUAGAAUAUGACGAAUUAUCACUGGAAAAAGCCAUUCAAAUUGCUGAUUCUUUGGAACGAGCCGAGAAAUUUUCGCAUUCGUACCUGCAAUCAUUGCCUCAUCAAGCAGCCGUUACUUCAAUGGAUGAUAAAUUUUCGGUAAACAAAGAAGACCAAUUUUCUGAGUUUGGCUCUAAUAGUGACCAACACGUAGCUGCUGCAAGAAGUACUUACGGAACAAAAGUUAACCGUAGAAGGUGUUAUUUUUGCGGACGAAUUCAUGCUUUAAAUCGACUGAAGUGCCCUGCUAGAAACGCAGAGUGUUUUAAUUGUGGUCUUCGAGGACAUUUUGCAACAGUUUGUCGUAAAGAAAAAAAAUCGGUUUCUACCGUAAGCUAUUUGCACCUGACUUCAAUUAUAGCUGGUAUUCAUACUUCGUUGUCACGAUCGACGAUUACUGCUAAAAUUGCGGAAAACCCUCUGAUGGCUCUGCUAGACUCCGGUGCUUCACAGAGUUAA